AGGAGAAAGACAUGGACAGGGUUUUCCAGUUGCCGAAUACGACCUUCAUUGGUGGCAGCAAACACCGGGCUUUGCCUUUGAGGGAAAUUAUCCAGAGGCUUGAAGAAGCCUAUUGCAGGUCCAUCGGCGUGGAGUUCAUGUUCAUCAACUCGAUGGACCAGUGCAACUGGAUCCGACGCAAAUUCGAGAUGCCUGGGGCCAUGGACAUGUCCAACGACCAGAAGCGGCUCAUCAUGGCCCGCCUGGCCCGAUCGGCGGGAUUCGAGGGCUUCCUGGCCAAAAAGUGGUCGUCGGAGAAGCGAUUCGGACUCGAAGGCUGCGACAUGCUCAUCCCGGCCAUGAAGCAAAUCAUUGACAAGUCCAGCGAAAUGGGCGUCGAGUCCAUCAUCAUGGGAAUGCCGCAUCGUGGUCGUCUCAACGUGUUGGCCAAUGUUUGCAGGAAGCCGUUGGAGCACGUGUUUUGUCAGUUUGCUGCCCUCGAAGCUGCAGAUGAGGGUUCAGGGGACGUCAAGUACCACUUGGGUACUUACAUGGAGCGAUUGAACCGCAUGACCAAUAAGAAUAUUAGACUCAGCGUUGUUGCGAACCCGUCUCACUUGGAAGCCGUGGAUCCCGUCGUGCAAGGACGCACUCGUGCAGAGCAAUUUUAUCGCGGAGACAACGAAGGACAGAAGGUCAUGUCAAUUUUGCUGCACGGGGAUGCUGCGUUUUCGGGUCAAGGAGUCGUUUACGAAACUUUCCACUUGUCGGAUUUGCCGGAUUAUACGACUCGUGGAACGAUUCAUAUCGUGGCGAAUAACCAGAUUGGCUUCACGACUGAUCCCCGGUUUUCUAGGUCUUCUCCUUAUUGUACUGAUGUUGCCAGAGUUGUGAAUGCUCCGAUUUUCCAUGUGAACGCUGAUGACCCAGAGGCUGUGGUUCAUGUCUGCAACGUCGCUGCGGAAUGGAGGGCGACUUUCCACAAGGAUGUUGUGAUCGAUCUGGUUGCGUAUCGCAGACACGGACACAAUGAAAUUGAUGAACCCAUGUUCACUCAGCCUGUCAUGUACCGGAAAAUCAAAGCCAGGAAACCGGUUGCCGAGUUGUAUUCUGCCCAGUUGGUGAAAAACGGAGUCAUCACCGAAAAGGAAUACAAAGAUUUGAUUGAAAAGUAUGAGCAGAUUUGUGAUGAAGCGUAUGUGAAUGCACAAAAGGAGAAGCAGUUUUACUACAAGCACUGGCUUGACUCACCCUGGAGUGGAUUCUUUGAAGGGAAGGACCCGAUGAAAGUGGCUCCGACUGGACUCAAGGCGGAAACCCUGCAGCACAUCGUCACUAGGUUCUCUUCUCCUCCGCCAAAUGCCGCAGAUUUUAAAAUCCAUCGCGGGUUGGAGCGUAUUUUGAAGGGCAGGAUGGAUUUGGCAGAAGCCCGCAGUGUCGACUGGGCCAUGGGAGAAGCCCUUGCUUUUGGAUCCCUGCUGAAGGAGGGCAUUCAUGUCAGACUCUCAGGCCAAGAUGUUGAGCGUGGAACUUUCAGCCACAGGCAUCACGUGCUUCACCAUCAGACAGUGGACAAGGCCACUUACAACAUGCUGCAGCACUUGUACCCCGAUCAGGCUGCUUACACUGUCUGCAAUUCCUCGCUGUCUGAAUACGCAGUCUUGGGUUUUGAGCUGGGAUUCUCUAUGACGAAUCCGAAUGCCCUGGUGUGUUGGGAAGCCCAGUUUGGGGACUUUUCAAACACUGCCCAGUGCAUCAUUGACCAGUUUAUCGCUAGUGGUCAGACGAAAUGGGUUCGGCAGUCUGGACUGGUUGUGCUGUUGCCGCAUGGCAUGGAAGGAAUGGGCCCUGAACACUCGAGUGCUCGCCUGGAACGUUUCCUGAUGAUGUGCCAAGAAGACCCGGAUUAUUUCCCGCCGGAAACGUCGGAAUUCCCCGUGCGCCAAUUGCACGACAUCAACUGGAUCGUGUGCAAUCCCACGACGCCCGCCAAUUACUUCCACAUGCUGCGCAGGCAAAUUGCGCUGCCUUUCCGCAAGCCCCUGAUUGUCAUGACACCCAAGUCCCUGCUCAGACACCCCGAGGCCAGGUCAUCGUUUGAUGAGAUGGGCGAAGGGACAGAGUUUCAGAGGAUUUACCGCGAGGCUGGACCAGCUGCGGAGAACCCUGACGCUGUGCAGAAGCUGAUUCUUUGUUCUGGUGAUUUGCAUUGCCCU